GGCCGACGAGAGAGAGGGAGGGAGCGACAGGGGAGGGCGGCGCCGGCAGGUUGGCGGCGGCCGCUAUUUGAGCGCAGGUCCCGGGCCAGGCGCUCAAAGCGCUCGGAGCCAGCGCGGCGGGGAGAUCGUUGCGCGCAGCCCGCAGAGGCGCUGCGGCCAGUGCAGCCCCGGAGGCCCCGCGCGGAGAAGGAGGAGGAGAAGAGGCCGGCUUGCCUCCUGCAGCCCGCCGCCCGCGCCCCCCCCUCCAUCCCGCCGCCGCCGCCGCCGCCGUCCCCCCCCCUCCCCGCGGCGCCGCAUCUUGAAUGGAAACAUGGCGGUGCCGGCUCGGACCUGCGGCGCUUCUUGGCCCGGCCCGGUGCGGAGCGCGCGCCCCUGGCCCGGCCGUGGCCCCCGGCCUUUCCCUGACCCCCGGGGCCCAGCGUCCGGGCCCGCACGCCCGCUCCUGCUAUUCCUGCCGCCACUGCUGCUUUUACCGCUGCUCACCGCCCCCGGCGCCUCUGCCUACAGCUUCCCCCAGCAGCACACGAUGCAGUACUGGGCCCGGCGCCUGGAGCAGGAGAUUGAUGGUGUGAUGCGGAUUUUUGGAGGCGUGCAGCAGCUCCGAGAGAUCUACAAGGACAAUCGGAAUCUAUUUGAAAUCCAAGAGAACGAACCGCAGAAAUUGGUGGAGAAGGUGGCGGGGGACAUUGAGAGCCUGCUGGACAGGAAGGUGCAGGCCCUGAAGAGACUGGCUGACGCUGCAGAGAAUUUCCAGAAAGCCCACCGCUGGCAGGACAACAUCAAGGAGGAAGACAUCAUGUACUAUGACGCCAAGGCUGAUGCUGAACUGGAUGACCCUGAGGGUGAAGACGUGGAGAGGGGAUCCAAGACCAGCACGUUAAGGCUGGACUUCAUGGAGGACCCAAACUUCAAGAACAAAGUCAACUAUUCAUACACGGCUGUGCAGAUCCCCACAGACAUCUACAAAGGCUCUACUGUCAUCCUCAAUGAGCUUAACUGGACAGAGGCCCUGGAGAAUGUCUUCAUCGAGAACCGUAGGCAAGACCCUACACUGUUGUGGCAGGUCUUCGGCAGUGCCACGGGAGUCACCCGCUAUUAUCCAGCCACACCAUGGCGAGCCCCCAAGAAGAUUGACCUGUACGACGUCCGAAGACGACCCUGGUAUAUACAGGGGGCCUCAUCACCCAAGGACAUGGUCAUCAUUGUGGAUGUGAGUGGCAGCGUGAGUGGCCUGACUCUGAAGCUGAUGAAGACAUCCGUCUGUGAGAUGCUGGACACACUCUCUGAUGAUGACUAUGUGAACGUGGCCUCAUUCAACGAGAAGGCGCAGCCUGUGUCUUGCUUCACACACCUGGUGCAGGCCAAUGUGCGUAACAAGAAGGUGUUCAAGGAAGCCGUGCAGGGCAUGGUGGCCAAGGGCACCACAGGCUACAAGGCCGGCUUUGAGUAUGCCUUUGACCAGCUACAGAAUUCCAACAUCACUCGGGCUAACUGCAAUAAGAUGAUCAUGAUGUUCACGGAUGGGGGCGAAGAUCGUGUGCAGGAUGUCUUUGAGAAGUAUAAUUGGCCCAACCGGACGGUGCGUGUGUUCACAUUCUCUGUAGGCCAGCAUAACUAUGACGUCACACCCCUGCAGUGGAUGGCCUGCACUAACAAAGGUUACUAUUUUGAGAUCCCUUCCAUUGGAGCCAUCCGUAUCAACACACAGGAGUACCUAGAUGUGCUGGGCAGGCCCAUGGUCCUGGCGGGCAAGGAAGCCAAGCAGGUGCAGUGGACAAACGUGUAUGAAGAUGCGCUGGGGCUGGGUUUGGUGGUAACAGGGACUCUCCCUGUUUUCAACCUGACACAGGAUGGCCCUGGGGAAAAGAAGAACCAGCUAAUCCUGGGUGUGAUGGGCAUCGAUGUGGCCCUGAAUGACAUCAAAAGGCUGACUCCCAACUACACUCUUGGCGCUAAUGGCUACGUGUUCGCUAUUGACCUGAAUGGCUACGUGUUGCUCCAUCCUAAUCUCAAGCCCCAGACUACUAACUUCCGGGAGCCUGUGACCCUGGACUUCCUGGAUGCAGAGCUGGAAGAUGAGAACAAGGAGGAGAUCCGUCGCAGCAUGAUUGAUGGUAACAAAGGCCACAAGCAGAUCAGAACGCUGGUCAAGUCCCUGGAUGAGAGGUACAUAGAUGAGGUGAUUCGGAACUACACCUGGGUGCCUAUAAGGAGCACUAACUAUAGCCUGGGGCUGGUGCUCCCACCCUACAGCACCUUCUACCUCCAAGCCAACCUCAGCGACCAGAUCCUGCAGGUCAAGUUGCCAAUCAGCAAACUGAAGGAUUUUGAGUUCCUGCUCCCCAGCAGCUUUGAGUCUGAAGGACAUGUUUUCAUUGCUCCCAGGUAGCUUGCGUGUGGCCUUGCUAAGGCGUCCUCCCCUCCCCUGACCGUCCUGGCCCCACCUCCUGCACUGCUGCCUGGAGCUCUGUGUGUCUGUUCUGUGCGGUGUUGCUCCUAA